AUGAUGGCGUCUUUGUCUUCCUCCCUCACCUUUCGUUCUUGUUAUUCUGCUACGUCUUUCUCACUGGUUAACGGUAACAAACAUCGAUCACUCUCGUUCUUGUCUGCUUCUCCACGAGUGUUCAAAGCUUAUGAGCUCUGUUUUAGAUUCCAGAGAAAGUCUGGUCGUAGUUCUGUCUUUAUGCAAGAUGGUGCAAUAGUCACCAAUUCAGAGAAUACUAAAUCUUCUCUUAAGGAUUUGAAAGAUGAGGUGUUAUCAGUACUAUCUGAAGAACCAGCCAAGGUUGGAUCAGAAUCUAAUGGUCAAAGCCAGCCAACGGUGAGUAUCACCGUCGUUGGAGCCUCUGGUGAUCUUGCCAAGAAGAAGAUUUUUCCUGCCCUUUUCGCACUUUACUAUGAAGACUGUCUUCCCGAGCAUUUUACAAUAUACGGUUACUCUAGGAGUAAGAUGACAGAUGUUGAACUUAGAAACAUGGUCAGCAAAACUCUGACCUGCAGGAUUGAUAAGAGGGCAAACUGUGGUGAGAAGAUGGAAGAGUUUCUCAAGAGAUGUUUUUACCAUUCUGGUCAAUAUGAUUCUCAAGAACAUUUUACUGAACUAGACAAGAAGCUCAAGGAACAUGAGGCUGGUAGAAUCUCAAACCGUCUCUUUUAUCUCUCUAUCCCUCCAAAUAUAUUUGUAGACGCUGUGAAAUGUGCUAGCUCUUCAGCUUCAUCUGUCAAUGGCUGGACUAGGGUCAUUGUAGAGAAACCUUUUGGCCGAGAUUCUGAAACCUCUGCUGCUUUAACCAAAUCCCUCAAGCAGUAUCUGGAAGAAGAUCAGAUUUUCAGGAUUGACCAUUACUUAGGAAAGGAGCUAGUGGAGAAUUUAUCUGUUCUUAGAUUCUCAAACCUUAUAUUUGAACCUCUAUGGUCAAGGCAGUACAUAAGGAACGUGCAGUUCAUAUUCUCUGAGGACUUUGGCACUGAAGGACGUGGAGGGUACUUUGACCAUUAUGGAAUAAUAAGAGAUAUAAUGCAGAAUCAUCUGCUUCAAAUCUUAGCACUCUUUGCCAUGGAAACACCUGUUAGCUUAGAUGCAGAGGAUAUCAGAAAUGAAAAGGUUUGA